AUGUCAGCUCUGUUAAAUGCCAGACUUCCAUGUUCAAAACGGUCGGGCGAACACUGUGUUACAUGCUCUGAUCAUCAAAUAUUUUGCAUAUUUGCAUCAGGACCCCUGGGGGCUCCUAGCUCCCGAGUUAUCAAGCUAACAGCUGAAGAAUCGGUGGCCUACAAUCCAGGCAGCGGCACCCUCAGCUCCUCAUCUGUCAGCCCGCAAUAUGGUGGAGGGGAAGCAUGGGCAUACUCUGGCCCUAGCAUAACGCAAAUUCCUCACGAGACACAGCAAACCUUGGCUGCAACUACAAAUCUACCUGGUGUGGUUCAUAGUGUUGUGCACCGGAACUCGAUUAUUGAACGACCGUGGCUGCAGCCGUUGCCAAGUUGGCUCACACAGCUUAUCAACACCGCUGGGGGUAUCUCGUCCUUUAUUAGUGGGCUCGGUAAGUUCCAUUUAAUUAUGUUGGUGUACAGUUGUCAACGAGGGCAAGGAGCUGUUUCAAACCGGUACCAACGGUUGCUUCUUGCCUUUCGAGUUUCAGAUAAUUACUGCUACACAGCAAAAGAAAUUGCGGUCUUGAAUACUCGUGUUAUGGCCGGAGGAAGACCUGCAGAUGCGGCGCUUGCUAGACUCAAAACUUUGGCUUCGCGACCUCUUGCAAAGAAUCUAAUGAAAGCGCUCGGCACUACGAUGAUGUGCACCAUGCUGAUGCAAAAGGAAAUAACCCCUGACAGACAACGCUGGCAAGCCGGCUCAAUAGUCACGGCAGUCACUGACUUGCCCGUGGCCAGCGAUAUCACCAAUACACGGUCCGGCGGUUUUGGUCACGUAAAUGUUGUACUGCCAAGGCCCUCUCGAGUCCACCGCAGCGACAAAAUAAUUGAACAGCUGAACAAAGGCAUGGUAAGGGACUCUUUACCCUGUGGUUAUGCAAUGUCAUAUGUCGGUGCUCCUCUUAGGACCCCGUAG